AUGACAAGUGACAUAAAUCAAGUGAAAAUAAGACAUGGUAGUUAUCGUUCAUCACCACAACAAACUCAUAAUAAGUUGAGAACAACUACACGUCGCACUGCUUUUAUCUCAACAGCAAGCGUAAAUAAAAUGGUGCCACCAUUGUUAAUCAAUUUGACACCACCACCGACUUCAAGUUUUACAAACUUAACUAGUAUGUCAAUGAAUGGACAUCGAUCACUGCAACGAAACCUGAAUAUAACGCGAUUAAAUGGAAAAAUAAAUGAUGUUCGAGGAUCACCAUUGUUAAAUGGUAUAUUACAACAGAAAAGUACCGAAUCGAUACGAUUAACGCCGAUACAAUUUGUACGAAAACGUAUUAACCAUUCAAUAUCACCAAGCCCUUCGCCCACUGUCCUACAAAAUAAUUUGAAUAAUAAAAGAACUCGAUUAGGAUCCGAACGAGCACUUGUUCAAAAUGGAAGGCCGCACCCAACAAAACUUCAUUCUGAAAUGAGAAAUGGGCUCCCACGAAAAGGACAACAAUUUUCGUCUCAUCAUCCACCAAUACAAAUUCCUCAAAAGCAACGACCGCUAUUCGCACCAAACGUCAUCCUUCUCAAUCGUAUCAAAGCAGAACGUAAUCCACAUGCAACUCCUCCUUUACCUUUCAUCAGCGGACCAACUUCAACACCAAAAGCAAAAAUGUUCGCUAGCGUUCAAGCACCAACAAUAGCGCCCUUAGCAUAUGAAGAAAGAGUCAGCGACAUUACCAUAGAUGAAUUUGAUAAUGAUGAACCCAUCUAUGUAAUUGCACAGUAUGAUCCAUCGACAUCAAACAAGCCUUCUGAAGCAGAAAUUCAUCACGCUGUAGAAAAUCAACUAGCAAACGUACGAAAACAACAACAACAACAACAACUAAGGCCUUAUGUAUCACCAAGCAAAAUUAUUGUAGAAUAUAAUAAACCACCACCACAUCCACAGUUAAAAAAUCAAUUUCAACAUCGAAAUCAAUCUCGUUCACAACAUCAACAAAUUUCUUCCUCAAUCCCACAAAAUAUGUCAUCUGUUAAUACCUCCGUUCAACCGAUAUCAAAUAACGAUCGUCCCCAACAGAACCUAAGACCAUUUAAUAGAUUUUCGCCCGUUCAACACCAACAUUUUCAACCUAUAAAAGCUCAACGACAAGACCACGCAAUAAAUUUUCAUCUUAUGCAAGCGAAUAUGUUUAGAACUAUUCCAGGCACGCUAUACUAA